GCUAGGGCUGUCCUGAUUCAACCACGACUCCACACCGCUGUUGGUUCACUGAGAACUCUGUGAGCGAGCUAGAGAGGGAGAGGGAGAAAUGUAACUUUGGAGAGAGGGAUUUAUUUUUUUCUUAAUUUGAAACUCCCCCUCCCCUUUCCCUCCUCGUUUCUCUGUGUGUCUAUAUUAGUGCUUUUUUCUCGUUCUCCGUACAUCUGAGAGGGUGGUCAGUAAACCUUUCAGGCAGCUAGCGAGAGAGAGAGAGAGAGAGAGAGAGAGAGAGAGAGAGAGAGAGAGAGAGAGAGAGAGAGAGAGAGAGAGAGAGAGAGAGAGAGAGAGAGAGAGGAGCAGAGUAAGAGUAAAACAGAGCAGAGCAGAAAAAGGACAGAGGACAGACAAGAGAUGGGAAGUGCAUGGUGAUGUGUGACUGAUUACCCAGCCCAGAGCAGUGCCCCCUCCUCCAGCAGCUCUACUGGGUCAGUACCCUGGGACAGCACCUGCUUCCCUGACAGACAUACACACGCUCAGGACCUGCAUCUGUGUGAGAGCCCAGCCGCUUCUCCAAACAUAAAGAGACUCCCACAUCCCCAGAGAAGACAACCUUCCAUUGACAGGAGCUGUCCUAGAAGCGGCUGUAGCAGAGUGAUCCAGUAGCAGGUCAGAGGUCACCAUGGCGGGGCGGGGGACCCGUUACCUCCUCCUGCUUCUGGGGGUCGUGUCUCUGGCCCAGGCCUCCAUCUUUCUGUCCAGCCAGCGCCUCAAGGCCCGCUUCCAGAGGGACCGCCGCAACAUCCGGCCCAACAUCAUCCUCAUUCUCACCGACGACCAGGACAUGGAGCUCGGCUCCAUGCAGGCUAUGAAUAAGACCCGACGUAUCAUGGAGCAGGGCGGGACUCACUUCUCCAAUGCCUUUGUGACCACGCCCAUGUGCUGUCCUUCACGCUCCUCCAUGCUGACGGGGAAGUACGUUCACAACCACAACACCUACACCAACAACGAAAACUGCUCCUCCCCCUCCUGGCAGGCCCAGCACGAGACUAGGACCUUCGGAGUGUACCUCAACAACACGGGCUACAGGACAGGCUUCUUUGGGAAGUACCUGAAUGAGUACAACGGUUCCUAUAUUCCUCCUGGAUGGAGGGAGUGGGUGGGGCUGGUCAAGAACUCCCGCUUCUACAACUACACCCUGUGCAGGAACGGAGUCAGAGAGAAACACGGCUGCGAGUACCCUAAGGACUACUUUACGGAUCUCAUCACAGAGGACAGCAUCAACUACUUCCGUUCCUCUAAGAGGAUAUACCCCCACCGGCCAGUGAUGAUGGUGAUGAGCCACGCUGCCCCACACGGGCCGGAAGACUCCGCACCGCAAUACAGCACUGCCUUCCCCAACGCAUCCCAGCACAUCACUCCCAGCUACAACUAUGCUCCGAACCCGGACAAGCACUGGAUCAUGCGUUACACUGGGGCUAUGAAGCCCAUCCACAUGGAGUUCACCAACAUGCUACAGAGGAAGAGGCUGCAGACCCUGCUCUCUGUGGAUGACAGCGUGGAGAAGGUGUAUAACAUGUUGGCUGAGACUGGAGAACUGGACAACACAUAUAUCAUCUACACAGCUGACCAUGGCUACCACGUGGGCCAGUUUGGACUGGUCAAGGGCAAGUCUAUGCCCUAUGAGUUUGACAUCCGAGUUCCCUUCUACAUCCGAGGGCCCAACGUGGAGGCAGGAGCCAUCAACCCUCACAUGGUGCUGAACAUUGACCUGGCACCCACCAUCCUGGACAUCGCUGGCAUGGACGUCCCUCCUGACAUGGACGGCAAGUCCAUCCUCAAGCUGCUGGACAUAGAGAGACCAGUCAACAGGUUCCAGGUGAACAAGAAGGGGAAGGUGUGGCGAGACUCAUUCCUGGUGGAGAGAGGGAAGCUGCUUCACAUACGUGAUGCGCCUCCAGGGAAGGAUGUGGCCCAGGAGGAGAACUUCCUGCCUAAGUACCAGCGGGUCAAGGACUUGUGUCAGAGAGCAGAGUACCAGACACCCUGCCAACAGCUGGGACAGAAGUGGCAGUGUUUGGAGGAUGCCACAGGGAAGCUGAGGCUGUAUAAGUGCAAGGGCAUGGCCAGCAUGUCGGCAGCCCGGAAGGAUGGCCCUGCCAACAUCAAGUCCAAGUACUACCCCCAGCACAAGGCGGAGCGCAACACAGAGCAUGAUGGCUGUAACUGUGACCAGCACCCCAGCUUCAGACUCAGCGCCUUGAAGAAGAAGAAGUUGCUCUCCAAGAAGAAGAUGAAAGCCAUCAAGAGCUACGCCCGUAACCGUUACACCCGCUCUGUGGAGAUGGAGAUAGGAGGGGACCUGUAUGCUGUAGACUUGGAGGAUGGAUACCAGCCUGUACCGGCCCCCAGGAACCUCAGCCAGGCUGGGGCCAGGACCCCACGCGACGACACUGAGGACGAUUUCAGUGGCAUGGGGGUUACUGUCACCGUCACCCCCAGGACUAGCAGCAACAGUCUAGCUAUUGUAUCUUCUGGAAUCAAAGUCACACACAGGUCAGGGAGUGUGUGGAUGUUCAAUGUGGAUGGGUGCUCUAUUCUGGCCAAUGACACAGUGAAGUGUGAUACAGGGAUCUAUAAGUCCCUGCAGGCCUGGAAGGACCACAAACUCCACAUCGAUCACGAGAUUGAGACCCUGCAAACAAAGAUCAAGAACCUAAGAGAGGUUAGGGGUCACCUGAAGAAAGCCCGCCCAGAGGAGUGUGACUGCAACCACUACAUCUACAAGUCUAAGUAUAAGAGUAAGCUCAGGCACAAAGGAGGCAGCAUUCACCCAUUCAGGAAGGGUCAGGAUAAGAAGGCGUGGUUACUGAAAGAGCAGAAGAGGAGGAAGAAGAUGCGGAAGCUGCUGAAACGUCUGAGGAACAACGACACCUGUAGCAUGCCUGGUCUCACCUGCUUCACCCACGACAACCAGCACUGGCAGACCGCCCCCUUCUGGACAAUGGGUCCGUUCUGUGCCUGCACCAGUGCCAACAACAACACCUACUGGUGUCUGAGGACCAUCAACGAGACACACAACUUCCUCUUCUGCGAGUUUGCUACUGGCUUCCUGGAGUACUUUGACCUCAACACGGAUCCCUACCAGCUGAUGAAUGCUGUGAACACGCUGGACCGAACCGUCUUAAACCAGCUCCACGUUCAACUCAUGGAGCUCCGCAGCUGCAAGGGCCACAAGCAGUGCAACCCCCGUACCCGCAACCUGGAGCUGGGAGGCAGAGAACGAAGCAGCUUUGAUGAAUACAGGCAGUUUCAACGCAGAAAGUGGCCAAAAGUGAAGAAGCCCACCUCCAAAUCACUAGGACAGAUCUGGGAAGGCUGGGAGGGAUAGGGUCCAUGAGGCCAGAGUGGCCCCACCCGAAGUGCCCACUGUGGGGGGAACGGGAAUGGACUGGUCAGAACUUGAACCCUUGUACAGACUUGACGAGCACGCCUACGAUCUCAAACUCAACUUCAACGUCAGCCUGGAGGACUGGGACAACUUUUGCGGAACCGUGGACAGGAUGUUCACGUUGCUCGGCAACUUCAACCACCAGCCGAACGGGCCCCGCAGCAACGUAAUUCCCGGGGAGGGAAGAGGAGGAAGAGACCACGCCCUGGUGUCAUCAACGGACCAAUCAACCUCAGCCAUCUACCUGACCACCCUGGCCACCCCUGCUCUCCUGCUGAGAGAGGCUGGGGCCGAGGUCCUGAGGGAGGCACUGGGGCUGAAUGGAGGGCCGCACCGCUCUCCCUCUCCCUCCUCCUCUUCCUCUUCCUCUCCCCUAGUUCCAGCUGAGGAGGGCAGCUCAGACUGGAACCGUGCCCCACCUCUUCUCAACCAGCUCCCUCUGCAUGAGAAGGAAGAGGAUGAGGAGAGCAGGGAGAGAGGUGAUGAAGAGGAGAAGGAGUUGUUGAGGAGGCGGUCGUCCCGGUGGAGACUGAACCAUGCUCACUGUGACUGCAGUGACUUUGUUCAGGAGGCUGAGAAUGGGUUGCCUGUAUGACUGCUUGUAAGACCCCUCUCUCUCUGUCUCUCCUCCUCACCUGAGAUUUUAGGGACACUGAACCAGCAGAAUGCCACCUCUGGCCUGUCCCCCACCCUGACCUCUCAUCCCCUUCCUCCUUAUGCCACAGCAGCACCUCCAGGCUGAUAACGGGAUGAGCCUGUCCCUUUAAUCCAGACUGUGGCCCUCCAGUGCUCCAGUCAUAACCCAGGCCAGCAGACUGCCCCCUGCUGGCCCCUUCCUGUAAUACACCACCACACAACAGACUUCACAAGGAGAUCCUCUAGGCUCGAACGCAGCAGCAGUACAUGAUUCUUUUCCUAAUGCAGGACUUUGCUUUGGUUUUUGUUUGUGGGGCAGGGAACGAAUGGGAGAGGAAAGGAAACUUGAUAGAUUUUUGAUAUUCAUUGGAAUCUUUGAAAAAUAUUUUGUAUUGUGGCCAUGUGUACUUUACUUUUAGGUUUUUACUACUAGCUAUAUUCAUUGGCGGUGAUUCCAUCCCACUGUGCAGCUUCAGUGUAUGUGGCACAUUGAUUUCAUGUUUUUUACCCGUGUGUUACUAAUCAACAUUUAAAAACCCUUAAUUCUAUUAAAUGCAGAUGAUCAAUUAUGAGAUUGCAGCGAUGCGCGCGCACACACACACACGCACACACUUUCAGGCACAGUGCAACCUGCCUUUGAGAAUGGCGGCAAACAUGCAUGAGUGGUGGUUAGGGCUAAAGUGCAGGUAGGAACUGGGAGAGAGCCGUCGAAGUGCCAUCUCUUUUCAGUUUAAUUACGUUUCUAAUGAAAAACAAGAGACUUGAUAUUUAUGUGAUUCAAAUAUUUUUGGGGAACUCAUUCUCUUUUGUUCUUUUUUCAAUUUCAAAAUGAGUGUUUGACAUCCAGAUGUUGAACAGAAUAAGAGUUUUUACUAAUCAGAUUUCUACAGCUUGGCCUAAAUAAAGCUUGGUAUCCAUGGCAUUACCUGUUAUAAAAAAAACAGUCCAAUCAGAGAACAUGCAUUUGAAGACAGUCAUGUGAUGUGAAUCUAACUUGUCCAGUCUCUUUGGUUAAUCUGGGAGUCUUUUUUAUGAAGUCAUCCGUCCAAUACUUCAUUGACAUCAUCAAAGGCCUUAGAGAAAGGAAGUGCGCUUGUUUUGCAAUCCGGUUUGUCCCAGAGGUGGGCGGGACAUAGGUUAGGCAACCCGCUCAGACCUCACAGCAAACCUGGCAGUUUAUGUUAUCUAAUACCACGUAUGGAAACCUAGGACAUGCUGGUUUGUAAAACAAGCGCACCCAGUCAUGAUCAGCCGUAACUUCAUGGUCUGAAGACUGUGUACAUGUUUCCCUUAUCAUGUAUUCUCUGUAGAAAUUAAAAUAAAUGGAAAAAUAAAUGUAUUUAACGAAGGUUGCAUUCUUUAUAACAAUAUACGGCUGUUACUAGUCCUUUUGUUUUUCGCUAUACAUGGUGCUAUUGCGGUCUUAACGUAUAUAUACAAUUGCUGCAUGUAUUUGAAUGUAUGUUUUUUGCAAUUAAUGUAAAUGUUUAAAUAUAUUUUAUAAUACACAGAAAACUAAAGGUUUAAUUAUCUAUCAGACACUGCCCUCUCUACUAUCUGUUCACUGUUGUUUCACACCUGUAAGUAUAGUCUUCUGAUAUAAAGAUCCCCCCCCCCUAAUUUACCUGGAAACUGAACCUCCCCCCAGUAAUGUUGUACCAUAUUGUAUGAUGUAAAACAAGUCCCUUCUCCACCUGGAAAAAAAGAAGCAACACAACUUUUUAUUAGCACUUUGAAAGGGGCUACUGUAUGUGAAAGAAGGUUUUAUCAUAACAAUGCCUUGUACAGUUAAAUAGAUUUAUCAUACAUAUAUUUUUGUUUCCUUCGGUUUACCAGUGAACAGUUGAUAGCGGUAACUAGUUUGUGAAUAAAGUGUUGAAUGCCAAGGUUUCCUCUUCA